GAGAGAGCCGACUGUAGGCGGCUCCUUCCUGUGCAAACUUUUCUGUGCUCUUCCUCCUCCCGCGCUGCGCACCGCUGCCUGCGGCCGCCUCCCCGCCCUGCCAGCCGGCCGGGGGCUCCACGCGGGGCCGCAGCGGACAGCGCAGCACUCUGCGCCGGCCGCACCCUGACUGAGCUCGCUCCCUCCCGGCGCUUAGGACCGAUGGCGGAAGCCGGCAAGAGCCCUGCGACGUCCCCGGACGAGCCAGCCGGCCAGGAGGAGACGGCUGCGGCUGCGGCGGCGGCGGCGGCGGCGGCGGAGGAUCUGGACCCCGAGCCCGACACUCUGGGCUCGCCGGUGCCUAUCUUGCGCUGGGUACCCGGGGACCCAAGCCCCCGCGGCCGUUCCCAGAGCGACCUGUCGUCCGCCUCGAGCAGGGGCCGUCCGCUCCGAGUCCACAUGUCCGGCUCAGUUGAUGGACUAGACAAAGCCUCCAUAGCAAACCCAGAUGGGCCCCCAGAAAAUCCUCAAAAUCCCCAGACACCUCCCUUCAAGAGGAAGGGGAAACUGUCCACCAUUGGUAAAAUCUUCAAGCCUUGGAAAUGGAGGAAGAAGAAGACCAGUGACAAAUUUAGAGAAACCUCCGCAGUUCUAGAGAGGAAGAUAUCCACCAGACAGAGCAGAGAGGAGCUGAUAAAAAAGGGCCUGCUUAAAGAACUGCCUGAUCAAGAUGGAGAUGUAACAGUUAACUUUGAAAAUUCAAACGGGCACAUGAUACACAUCGGAGAGGAGCCUACCCAAGAGGAGAAUGUAGGGAAACCCGAAGAAGGGAAUGUCUCUGUGUGUGACAAAAAACCACCUCGGGAGGAAAAGGCAGAAGAUAAGAAAGAGAACCCCGAAAUCCACUCUGAAACACCAGCUGCUCCUGCUCUACCUCCUACAGCUCCUCCUAAGCCUAAACCCAAACCUAAACCCAAAAAAUCUGCUGUGCCUCCCAAAGGGGCCACGGCUGGGCCCAGCCACAAAGGGGAUGAAGUGCUUCCUAAUAGAAAAAAUGCCAAGGCUCCCAGUAAGCAGGGCCCCACCCCUCCACCCAAGCCAACAAGCCGAAACACAACCCGGGAGGCUGCUGGCUCUUCUCAUCUGAAGAAAACAGCUGGUUCCAAAGCAUCUGCCUCAGCAUCUGCUGCCUCCACCUCCUCUCGUCCCAAAGUGUCCAAGGAGUCGGCCGCUAGCAAAACAGGCAUAGUGGGGACCACAAGGGGCAAGAAAAAAGUUGGCAAGCAGCCAGAGGCAUCCUCAGACACUGCCACUGCUGACACGUCCAGUCUUAAAGGAGAGCUGUCAGACCCCGGCAUAGAAAGUCUCAAACGAGAGGAGACUGCCGCUGGAGCUGAGGCGCAGGCCACAGGCAAACCCAAGGCUGCCGCCUCUCCACCUCCUGUGGCACCGCCGUCCUCGCCACCUGCCCUUCCUCUGCCUCUUGAGGAUCAGGGCGCUGCUGCCUUGGAGAGUCCCAGGGUCCCGGUCAGUGAUGAACCUCCCCUGCCUGUCUCUGCCUCAGACCCGAGUCAGCAGAUGGACAAAGGCGCCGGCUUAGGUGGUAGCAAAGAACAUGCAGAAGGUUUGACAACCAAAGAUGAGCUUGGAAAGGCUGGAUCUCAGUUGCUGAACCCCGGGGAGAUGGGAGACUCUCCAGAAUCCUUCAGUGCCCCGGAGGAUGAGGCCCCAAGAGAGUAUCAAGCCAAUGACUCUGACUCGGAUGGACCCAUCUUGUACACUGAUGAUGAUGAGGAAGAGGAUGAUGAUGAUGACGGCAGUGGAGAAAGUGCUUUGGCAAGUAAGAUACGACGAAGGGAUACUCUUGCCAUCAAACUUGGUAACAGACCAUCCAAGAAAGAACUGGAGGAUAAAAACAUCCUGCAGCGAACAUCUGAGGAAGAAAGGCAGGAAAUAAGACAACAGAUCGGGACCAAGCUGGUCAGGAGACUCAGCCACAGGCCAACUACUGAAGAAUUAGAGCAGAGGAACAUCUUAAAACAAAAGAAUGAAGAGGAAGAGCAAGAAGCUAAAAUGGAGAUCAAGCGGAAACUCAGCCGGAAGCUCAGCCUAAGACCUAGUGUGGCAGAGCUACAGGCCCGAAGGAUCCUGCGCUUUAACGAGUACGUGGAAGUCACUGAUUCUCCCGACUAUGACCGCCGAGCUGACAAGCCCUGGGCCAGGCUGACACCUGCAGACAAGGCAACAAUAAGGAAAGAGCUAAACGAGUUUAAAAGCACGGAAAUGGAAGUUCAUGAAGAGAGUCGACAGUUCACAAGGUUCCAUCGUCCGUAAUGCAGUGUGGUACUGUUGAGAAAUACAGACUGAUGGUCCCUGGAAGAAACCCUGCUUCCCAAGACCCCGACAUUGCACUGUGAUUUGAACGUGUAUGUUCCCGUUUCAUUGUGGUGAAAGGGGCGUGUGACCCGACCUUGGUUGAGAAUGCUCCUCACCUGGACAGCCCAGACAAGGUCAACAAGCUGAGAGCCAGAUGCAGCGAGCCUGGCUGCCCAGAUGUGCACUGAUACAAGGUGCACUCUGGUUCUCUCAGCUGUUCAUCAAAAAUUGUAAUCAAAGGAGACAAGCAGAAGACAAUCGCCAGUUCGACUACCAGAAAGCCAAAUGGUACAGUGUGGAAUUGCUGGUGGUCACCCCAACAGGGUGGGUGGGAGCUAAAAAUAAGGAGAAGGACUGUUUCAUUAUGUUAAUGAAGAAAAGAAGAAUGAAGAUACGUAUAUUUUUGAAGUAGGCAUUUGCUAGCUGAGAACUUACUAAGGGGUUUGGGAACCUACUCAACCAAUGUGGAUUCCUUAAAGACUUGAUUCCAGAACAUUGUUGUUUCACCAAUAAGUGGUUCUGUGUAGUACCAUAUUUUUCAUGUUGUGCCAGUGAACCCAGUUGCCAGAAACCAAUCUUUGCGUGUGUUAAAUGCAAGAAGCCUCUACCAACUCUUAAGAAGCAUGGCUGCUUGCAUUGUGUUGCAUGCUUUCAAUAACCCAGCUACCCACACGCUAUCUUCUUAGACGGACGCGCUUUCCUGAUGUAUGAGCCUGCUACAAGGGUAGCAGAGAUAAAGUCUGAUACAAUGUGAUCCUGCACUGUUGCAAGCUUUAGAAAUAACUCCCCUGAUCGUUCCCUGUCUUAAUUAUCUCCAGAGUCAGGAAACCAUCCAUUAUCGGAAGAAGGUUAUGUGGACAAUCGUGACACCCUUUUUAAAAAACUAAAUCCAGAGUUGCAGCUUAAGAAGCAUGCAAGUGUGUGCUGUUUGCUCCAAGCCCUGAAGGGGAACAAUAACAACAAUAAUAAAGUACCAGGUAGUUUUGAGUGCGGCAUUAAAACUCUUUUAAAAGUUAGGUUGCUGCUAUUAGAAAGAAAGAAAGAAGGAAGGAAAGAAAGGAAGAAAAGUCAAGCACAUAGAUUUGACAAAAUCCCCUUUAAGGAGCACAGAAAAUUGCUGGCUUAUGUAAAGGAACCCUUACCUUCUAGGCUGAGUCUGUGGGUCACAUCCAUCCAUACAGCCUUUACUCCCCAUGCCAGAGAAGCUGUCAGAUGCAGUUCAGCACCCCGAGAGCCUGUAAUCAGUCUUGUUUACAUUGAGAAGCUUCCUCCCUCAAAUUGCUCUUCUCUGUGGCACCAGAGCCCCAGCACAGAACCCCAGAAGGGCUCCCUUGUAAAUACUACCUUAAAUUUCAUUGUCCUUUAACAAUUGUUUUGGGCCCCUUGGAUUAAAAGCAUGCGAUUUCUUUAUUUUUUUUCUAAAGAGAAGGCAGAAUCUGUGUGGAGUCCGUCUUACUCUCUGAUCUGGAAUGAUGACGGUUGUGAAGUAUUCUGCUUCAGAAUGUGGAAGCCUGUAAUUUUCUAUCUCUACUGACAACUCAGCGUUUAAUCAGUUGAGUAAGUGUAGGUCCCACCACUGUGGUGUUUGGAAGAACCACUUGAAAUCUGAUGAUUUCAUUUAAAAGUAGAAGUAGUUGGCAGCAGUUGACCUACUCUAAAGAGCCUGGAGGACCAUUUCAUGAGGUACCCAGCAUCAUUGUACCCUUCACCACGCUGAGCUGUUUGCAUUAAUAAAGCGAGGCUGCAACCUACACUAGUUCAUUUCAGUAAGGACCUAAGACAGACUUUGCUUUUGGAGUAAUGCCUUCUGCUGUUCGUCUUCGGCCGAGGGCUUGUUUGUUUUGUUGUUGUUUGUUUUACAGCAUCUCGAUUCAGCCCCAAAAAUUAACUUCUUUCUCAUCACUUGCAAAGCAGUUUUCCUUUACGAUACCUUAUUAUCAUCUCAGUGUCGAGGGAAAAAUGCCGAGGCAGAUAAUGUUUCUUUUCCUACAUUUUACAGCGUCUGUACAUUGUAAGUGCAAGACAUGCACACCAGUUUGUCCUUCAAAGUGUGUGCCAUAGGAAGUUUCUAUUGGGUUGUUAAGAAGAACACUCUUUUUUUUUCCCCCAUCAUGGUCUGAAUUGCACAAUUUUUACUGUCCACAAUAAUAUUCUCCUGCUACAAAACACAAGCUGCCUUUCAGGCUGAAGCCCCCCCCCCCCGAUCCCCACUGCUGCACAAAUGAAAACCCGUCCCCCAGAUAUUAUCUGUCACAUUUAUGAACUACGUAUCCCUUUCCUUCCUACUGACUCAUGUGUUUACAGAAAAUUUGGUAAGUUAGAGAGAAGUUUAAAAAUGCAAUGAACUACCAGCAGUCUAACAUUUAAAUGAUUAGAACCACCUAUUACUUCAUUACAAUGAUCUAUUACUUUUCUUUUUCUUUUGUAAGUCAUGGAAAGAAUUAAAAUACCAUGAGCCAAACUGUAGUUCUCAGAAUAAGGCUCCGUUUUCGUGGUUAAUUUUUAAAGGCAGAAGAAAUGUAAAGGCUGCCUAGCUUCACUAGCAGCCCAUCCAGACAUCCCCGCAGAAGGCAAAAGCAUGUCUCCCUCUCCCUGUAAUUAUGCCCCUGCCCACUGCCAGCCUUUCUGCAGCCCAACCAGCAAGCCACUAUUCUCUAAGAAAAUAAAUGUGUGCAGAAAUUGGAGGGGUUUUUGGGUGCAGUUGUAACACAAUUCCAGUCUUUCACUAAAGUGUACCAUUAGGCCAAUGAAGAAAAUGAAUGAGUUUUCCUGACUCCCGAGAUAUGAUGGAAAAAGAAAAUUAGCCCAACUCAUGGAAGGUCCCAGGCAAGAAAGAACUAGACGAAGUAGAAUAUAUCAAGUGGCUAUUUCCAUCUUGGCUUUUAAAUGGAGGUGGGAAACCCUGUGGGUAAUAAGGUAGUGAGAAAACACUAAGUCUCCCUCAUGGCCAUUACCAACCAGCGUGACCAAAAAACGGUCACAACAGCAUUCAGUGGAGGCAUCUUGACUGGUGAUUUCCUAGACAUGUGAAAUGUCUUGUGGCUUUGUGUUAGUUGUAAUUUACCUUUAUGUUUAUUCCUUAAACCACUUAACUAAAGUCUACAACAUCCAGAGAACCAUCUUGGGUAUUUGAACAGCCAUUAACUAAAAAGGCAAGCAGACCAGGUUCUAGGGUUUAUUCAGAAAAGCUGCCUUUUUCAUUUCUUCUUCCCAUCCUUAUUAGCGAAAUAAAGGUAGUCACUUAUCUGUCUCUGGUGGUGGGAGAAAGUUCUGACAUCUAAUUGAAAAUAGACUUAAGGAAAUAGAAGAGUCUAAUACACUCUUCAAAAGUUGCCAAAUAUUGAAAAUGAGUUGUUAGCCCUUAGGGCCUCUGUAAGACUCUGUCUCCUGCAAUGAAUUCAGUGAUGUGCUGGUGUUUAAAAAAAAGAUGCAGUAAUUUGUACUUGGGAGAGAAAUAAAUGUCUGUUAACACCACAUGUCCUGAUAUACCCCACACCAGCACACAACAGACAAACCUACCAAGACUAAGCUGUAAACACAAUAGCACAUAGCAGUAUGUCUGCAUUUGAACCCUAAAAUAUUUUCUUUUUCUCCAUCUCUUGCUCAAAAAGCCCAUCCUAUGUUAUUUGUGCAUGGUCCUAGCAGUAUGAUUUAGAGUAAUAAACGUUCUUUAGUGUGGGUGAAACAGACAUAAUCUAAUAUAAGAUAUAUGGAUUUAUGUCAUUUUCAUCAAUAUGGGGAAUUUGUUUAUGCAUUCCUACAUCCUCACUGUAUCCAGUUAUCAUUACUAGUAAAAGAAGCUGUACUUGGAGAUCAUUAUUUCCUCCCUCGCAUCCUUCGAGUAUACAAAUUGUCCCUUCGCCCCUUAAAAUGAUUAAUUUCUGUUAGGAUUUGCUGUCUACUUACCGGUGAUAUGUUUUAUUUAACAAAGCAGAGUGAACCUUUAGAAGAUAUGUGUGAGAAAAAUAAGCAAUUGUCAAAUUAAUGGGAACAGCUUCCGGAGAGAAUGUGCAUUCCUAGGCAACUCAAACCCGAGUUCCAAAUAGGGACUCUAGGUUCCACUACAAAGACAGCAGCGACCAAAGGAGUGGAGAUGAAGGCAGAAAACCCCAAACCAUUCCCAUUUUUGUUUCCUGUUUACCUUUUCUAAUUGUUAAGCUUAAACCCUGUUUCAUAGCUUGAACCACUGUUUGCACUUCUAGAAAGCAAUUGUAAUCUAGAUCAACUAUUUUUUGUUACGAUUAUGUUGCUUUGUGUUUUUGUUUUGUUUUGUUUUUGUUUGGUUGGUUGUUGUUUUUGUUUUGUUUUGUUUUUGUUUUCGUGGACAGCUUUAUCCCAAAUGAACAAAUCUCAUUUUACAUAUUGUAAGGUUUGGGGCAAAGAAAUGGAGAGUCCUGUGGCUGCUGUUCCUACCUACUGCCAAGUUUUAGCCAUGCCGGGUUUUAAUGCAGGAAAUGCCAUUUAGCUCGUUGCUCCUGUAGCACAGCUGCUUACGAACAAAGAGCUGUUGAUAGAUGUUUCCCAGUGCGGGUGUUGUUGGCAUUUGGAUCUGGGCAAUUCUUUGUUGUGAUGAAAUGUACCACAUGUUGCAAGAUGUUCAGUAUCCCAGGCUCCUAGUGACUUGACAUCAGGAUUGUUCCCAGACAUUGUGAAAACCAAAAAUAAAAAGUAAAAAUUUAAAACAAGCCCUCCCACGUAUGUGCAUACCUGCCCAGAAGAGUGUCCCCCCUUACCUGCAUACGAAUGCCACUGUCCACUGUAAUAAGGACACAUAGGAGAAAGAUCCCCAAAUACCAUCUCUACUGCUUUGCGUGUCUCCUACCCACCUCAAGCCUUCUGCUUAGAUGCAGCGUAAAUUGCCCUGUUCUCUAGGAAAGAGGGUUGCCAGGCAGCUUUGCCCUUUACAGUGACCUGGCCUGAUACUCGAACGUACUUCUGGAAGGGCAACACACGGAGCAAACGUUCGUCACUUGGGAACAAGACUGCAGGUCACAGGAACACACUGGCUCCGAACAAAACGGAUGGUCUUUGGAAGUCAGCAUUAGAUUCUCCUUGGUAAAACUGUAGACAGAGCUGCAAAAGAUUCUUCUCUCCUCCUAUAGACAACGCAGUUGAUUCGUAUGGAAAUGCUUGAAUUCCCCCAUGUAAACAUAUCCAUAUGGUUCAGCUUUUCUAAUAAGAUGUGCAAAUAUGGCAUUGUGGCAGAAAUGUGGGUUAACUAGAUUGCAUUCAUACUGUUCACACCACAAAGCCGAGGAUAUGCGAAACGAAGUGAGUAUUCCCCCAAGUGUGCCUCGAUCAACCCGUGCUAACCACACAGAAACAUACUCUUUAUACCACUGAAAUUUAACAGUAUGUCUUGAAAAAUAUUUAGAUGACUUGCAGCUAGCUACAAGGACAAAAUUAAUUCCUCCCACACUAACAAUUUUAAUAAUAAAAUUCUAAAGACACUUUUUUUUUUCCCCCCUUGAAGCAGAACAGCUCAGAGUCAAUAAAGGUGGUUAUAGUGUAAACCUACAGAUGGGGCUUAGAAAUUCUUAUCUUUCUUAAUAGCAGUUUUUUUUUUAAGAGAAUGAAUUGAAGGAGUAAGUGAGACAGGAUGCCAAUCCACCCUCAGGUCAAUUUUGAGGUUUAUUAAAAAUGUCAAUAAUACUUGUGCCACUCGACAGCCUGGGGGUGGGGGAGGGGCAGAGCUUUUCACUUAAUGAAAGCUCUGAUUUGAUUUUUGACUGUAUCAUUACAUUGCUUAGAGAGCAUCCCCACCAUGAGAAAUUGCCACUGUAGUGCUAGCUAGCAUUUGGAAGGGUUAGCAGGAGCUAAGGGUCUAACCACCUUCAUCGCUUACACUAUAGGCACUAACUCUUUAGUAUUUCCUCUGUGGCUUAGACACAUGCCUAUAUAUUCAAAGCACCCUGUGAAAAUUCCUGCAGUUAGAUGCCUGCUGGAAACUCUCUCUCUCUUUCCCCCUAAGUAACAGUGGUUUUCCCCUAACAGACUGUCUGUGUUCUUUUGUUCUUUUGAGCUUUGGUUAAAGCGAUAGUGAUCAUUUCGAGACUAACCGGGUAAGUCUCCAGUGUGUGACCCAAUAUUUAUCCAGGUUUGCUUUCUGUGGGUGUUAAUAACUGGAACUGUAUACCCAGAUAAACACGACAGUUUCUUAACCCGUGCUACAUUAUAGUAUGUGGGUAUGAGAGCUGCAAGAAUACACGCCGAAGCCUAUGUAUUCCACGAUUGUAACCCGAAAGAUCGUGUGUUACCUUUUUAUUCCAUAUUGGUGUUUGUGCUAUUUAAAGUGGAAGAUUAUACUCUGUGUAGUAGUAUAAUAUAAUAGGAUUCUUCGCUGUGCACAAUUCCAAGUGCCUUAGAACAUUGUUUAGCUUUCCUGAGUAUAUGUAUAUGCAUAUAUAUAUUAUGUGUGUGUGUGUGUAUAAAUUGGGAAACGUUACCUCAAUAAAAUCGUUGGGAAAUCAUA